UAACUUUAGCAGUUUUAAGUUCAACUUUCAGUAGCGUAUGAUGAAAGAUUUUGUUCUUGAUGUUUCGAAUAGUAUAUAAAAUAAAGGAAAAGAAUAAAUAGUGACAUAUUAUUUUUGAUUUACUUUAGGCGAACACAGUUACUGAUUAAGUUACAUUUUACGAAAAGGGAAUAUAUGACAAAAUAAUAAUGAGUGAAAAUAACAAUUUGCAGUUGCAGCAAGAAAUCAAUCAAAACAUGACGAUAGCUUCAAGUCAACCGUUUGCGAUGUCCAAUGAGGAGCAAGCCUUCAACAUUCAACAACAAUUACGAGGAAAUUUCAACCGUAGCAACCGGAGACGGACGGGCCAGGAGAGGAUCGAACAACAAAGUAAUACUCGAGAAUGGGUCAAUAAGUCAAACGUUACCGGUAGCAUGGUGCAUAUAGAGGCGGUUGAACAAUCGAGACUAGCUAAGGACUGGGUCCACAAUGUCAGUCAGGAUGUUUUAAGUGCUACACAACGAAACAAUAGAGCGAGUUCUGAGAGUAUAGACACCAUUCGUGAAAAUAUCAAAAAUAGUCAGGAAUCAUUGAAAAAGCGAAGUUGUGAAAGUCUUACAAUUGAGCAAGCCUCUCUACAAAAAAGUAUUGGGUCGACCUCAGUGAAGAAAAAUGACAAAGCAAUAGACAGUGGUCGAUGUCGAGAAACUGAAAAUAGCAGCUUAAAUAGAAAUAGCGCAAAUAAUUUGACAAUAAGCGGUACAGGUGAAGGCAAGAUAAGCAAUAUAAAUCGUGAAAACUCAAUAGAAAAAAGUGGACAAUGUUGUAAUAUAAGAACUAACGAAAAUAACAAAGUAACAGAUGAUGAUAUCACUUCAGAAAACAACAAAAAUAAAGAAAAUGUUAAACCAACAUUAGACAAUGCUUCACCAAUAAAUAAAAGUAAUGUGACAAGUACAGAGAGCACGGACUCUUUAAAUGAAAGUACCUUUGACCUUUCACGUUCUUACAGGUCAUUGUCAAUGAAAGACCCGCAUAGUGCAGCUAUAGACUUAUCAAACAAUUGCCGACAGUUUUAUUUCAAUCACAUGAAAGCUGCUGAAGCUAUAAAACAGUCUGUGCGGUCGGCAAAACACACUCGAGCCAUAGAAAAAAUGGAAGGCAAGCCAAGUUCUCGAAUUGAUAAUGCAAUGGACAGGCUCCGAUCAGAAAUGGCUGACCUGAUGGAUCAAGAUUUGUCUCUAAUGUCGCAACUGUUAAAGUUGAACGAUAAGAUAGAAGAAGUGAAGACGCACGUGGCGUACAGACAACAACGAGAAUCUUUCACCAGUCAAAGCUCGUGCUACCUAAGCGGAAGUGAGAUGUCGGACUCAGAGUUUGAAGACAAUGAUGACAGCCGAUUUGAUUUAUCUAAAUCUGCUAAAGACUUCAAAUUACCCGCAAUAAGAUUACCGCAAGAAGCAGAGCCUCAGAAGGAGGUGGUAUUACGAAGACUGGAGCCGGCUGACAGUAGAAUCAUUGUCUACAAGAAGAAAAAGUCGCGAAAUGGGAAGCGCCGUACUAAAAAGAGCAUAUCUAGACCAGAAACUGACGAAGACUCGAUGGAAGAAAGUGGUGAAAGCGAAGAAGAUGACAACGAUUCUCUAUCGGGCACCGAAAGUACAUUAAGUCAUUCUAGUUCAACUAUUAAUGGUUCUGAUCAAAGUGGUGACAACGCUGACCAAACAUCAGAUGCACCUGAUAGCGGAAUUCAAAGUCCAAAGGCACCAGAAGAGCCACCUAAACCUAAGAAGGGUGGUAUUUCACAAAAUAGACGGUUCUUAAACUUUCAUAAGAAAAAUGGAAAUUUCUCAAAAUCUAUUUUGACUGGUUUAAAUGUUUUGACUAUGCAGGGGCACAAUGUACCGUUAGACAAGUAUUAUGUUCCCCAAGGACUUGUAUAUCUUAAACAAGAGAAAAGUGAAAAUGUUUUUUGCCAGUUCACAAAAUAAUAUGACGUGUAAUAUUUAAUAGUUAUGUUGUUGCAAUAGAAAAAAAUAUUGGUCAGUAUAUGACAAUAAAGGAAAGAAAAUAU